UUUGAACUCCCCAUUUUGGAAGCAGCCAUCUUGAAGUCCUAAUAGCACAACCGACGGUUAAGAGCACGCUAUAAGAAACGGGUGUGUCCAUCCAUUUCAGUUCACAGCUGUGUCGGCGCUCGCAGUGGGGGCUUGUGUAGGUUAUUUCCCCUUUCCGUGAUUGAUCUGAUUACAGGUAAAACGAUAUUUAAACACUUUGUGUUGCUGGAACAGCAGUAUAGCGCUCUAAAUACCCAGUGGCCUCUAAAUCAGAUCAUCAUGUCAGCUACCUCUCCCGAUGCUACUUUCACAGAAGGGCACGUUCCCUACGUCGUCAACGGGGAGACCCUCAAGACAUACUAUAAGCUCUUUGGCUCGCUCGAGGACUCGACGAAGCGCCCUCUCGUCGUGUUACACGGAGGCCCUGGAAUGUCCCACGACUACCUCCUCCCCAUCUCAGACCUCUCUCUCGCUCCCCAUUUACGUCCCGUAUUGUUCUAUGACCAGAUCGGGAGCGGCAAGUCCACUCAUCUUCGCGAGAAACCGAAAGAAUUCUUCACCAUCGAUCUGUUCGUGAACGAGCUGAUGAACCUUAUCUCCCACCUCAAAAUCAAAGAAUAUGAUCUUCUCGGCCACAGCUGGGGUGGGAUGCUCGCCGCGGAAACCGAAGUGAGGCUUCAUCCGGAGGGGCUGAAGAGCAUGAUUGUCACCAACUCGCUCUCUCAGACGAAAUUAUGGGGAAUGAGUACGAUGCAGCUUGUCGGGGCACUCGGUGAUCCAUCCAUCAACGCGGGGAUGGCGGCUGGGUUCAGCGAUCCGGUCAACUACCGAGCUGCUUUGGAGAAGCUCCAUGCAGUUCAUGGAUGCCGAGUUUCACCAGUCCCGAAGGAGAUUACAUUUGGUGUCUUGGAUCAGAUCUUGGGAGACAAGGAAACUGGGGAGGGUGGCGAUCCGACUGUGAGCAUCAACAUGUUCACCGGUGCUAUCGCUGGAUGGUCAAUCGAAGAACGCCUACACGAAGUCACAGUCCCCACAUUCGUCAUCAACGGUAGAUACGACAUGGCACAGGACUUUGUGUGCAAGGCCUACUUUUGGGAGGUCACCAAGGCCAAGUGGUACACAUUUUCGGAAUCGAGCCACACCCCGAUGUGGGAGGAAAGGGAGAAGUAUAUGAAGGUUGUCAACGAGUGGCUCGAUCACAUAUGAUCUAGUAGUUGGGUAUGUAUAUCUAUCUGGUGUUUCCGGAAGUUGUAAAGCACAUACGUUAUUAUUUUGGGUAGACUUCUUGUCAACACAGGUGAGAAUAAAUCAUUAACAAUAACGCUUGUCAC